AUGGAGAUCGAUGAUAUCUUAAGGGACUUUGAGACGUCCGCCAAGCCCCAGACCAAGUUUGAGCUGGAAAAUAUAGAAAGUGAUCUAGUCCAGGCUAUGAUAAACGAACGCAUGGCUCCAGAGCUUCUUCCAUAUAAGCACAGUCUCAUGGAAACAGUGCUUCUGCGCAUCCAAAGCCAACAACAGCAUCUUUUAGAUUCACAUGAAUAUGGUGACUCUAAUGCGGAGGCAGGCGUGGUUUCGUCUGAUUUCAAGCUACGCCUCAUGAUCAUCGAAACAGACAUUGAGCGUAUCAGUUAUGUGGUUCGCCUUUACAUCAGAACCAGACUCAGCAAGAUUGAGAAGUUCAGCAUAUUUUACAUUAAUGAGACCGCAGAGGAGAUGGAUGCUUCUCGAUCGAGGCUCUCAGCUCAGGAGAAGACAUAUAUGCAUAAGUUCUUCCAGAUAUUGACCCAGCUAUACAACAACAGUUUCUUGAAAAGGCUACCUCGGGAGCUUGCGCUCUUGGACGAUACUCAGGACUUUGAGUCUAUGAUUUCAGAGCCUGAUUUGGAAGUCCCUGUUUUUGUGAAAGUGGUGACUUCAUCCCCGAUCGAGAUAAGCUUGGGAGAGGAAGGUGACCUAGAAUUGAUCAAAGACGGCAAGGUACUUGGAGAUCGGUGA